CCUGGGCCUGAGUGAAAGGCAGCGAGCGGCAGUGGCCGCAGCGCGGAUACGCACAUUUACAGUCUCCUCUCUCUCUGGCACCGUCCACUCGGUCUCGGGGCCGAGAAGAGGCGCGCGCGUGCGCGCACAUCCCCCAACACACAGACACGCGCGACCGAGCGUGGAGAAGGGGGAGGAAGAGGAGGCGGAGGCGGGUGGGGGAGGAGGAGGAGGAGGAAGAAGAGGCGCUCCCGGUGCCGAGGGAGAGCGCUGGGCGGCCGGGCUGGUUCCGCCGAGGCGGCCGCGGGCUGUUGGCGAGGCGGGGACGCCCCCUCCCCCCGCCUCCUGCUCUCCCCCCCUUCCCGGUACUGACCCUCACACCGGAGCCAAUAUUCCCGAAAUUAAGAGAUACGCUGCGGCGGCGGCGGCGGCUGGAGCUGCGGGGCCCGGGGCGGCCGGGACCGGAGGGGACCGCAGCGAGGCCGCCGCCGUCGCCGCCAUGGAGGCGCUGGGACCAGGUGAGAGGGGGGUGAGGCCUUCAUGUAUAUGCAUGCAAAGGGUGUGCGAGGUGUGUAUGCAUGCGAGUGUGGUGGGAGGGGCCCAGCGGUGGUCUUGAGGCCGUGGGUGACGACGUGGGUCACAGUUGGGAUGUGAUGGAGGGAAGAAGAAGGAGCCCUUGCCCUUGCAUGCCUUGCUUGGGAGUGACAUUGGGAGCAGGGGUUGCUCCACCUGCAGAGGUGGGGCUGGGAGUGUUGUUGUUGGUUUUUCUUGAAGGGUGGGGCUGGGCCAUGGGGCUUAAAUGGAUGUAUCUUCCAGCAGAAGCCUUGGGAGAAAGGAAAGGCUUGCUAAACCAUUUGUUUAUUUAGGUGAAAGGGGACGGUGUCCGCAGACAAACCAUUCAUUUAAAGCACACACACCCCUUCCACAUUACGGGAAUUGUAGUUUGGCUACCAUAGAACUAUAACUCCUAGCACCCUUAAGUGUAAGCCCCCAGGAUUCUCUUGGGGAUGUGUGUGCUUUAUAUGUGGCCUAAAAGGCUGAUAGUGGUGACCCUGUUGCUUUUGUUCCUUGAGGGCUAUUUAUACCCACAUAGCAUGUAAUGUUUUUAGGUAGAUGCUUAAAAAAAAGAGGUGGUGGUAGCUUGGUGGUAGCUUGGGUGUAUAUCUGGAAACUACUGUGUGCAGUAAUGAGCCUUGCACCUCAGUGUGAACUCAGCCCUGCAGGGAAAUUGGCUCUGACCAGUCUUGCUUUAAAAAUGGGUAAGCCUGUAGCAUAGUAGUACCCUCUUCAGGCUAGCUAUUAAAGUUCUGGGCCCUAAUUUAUCUGGUUUGAGGUGUGCAUUUUAGUGUUCAUUCUCCCUUGCCAAGGGCUCUGGGUGGGUAAUAAUUUAAGUGGAAUGGAGCAGUUACUUUUGGAUGUCAACCCGAACUGGAAAGUCUUCGCACCAGUUGCAGAAGAUACUGGUUGAUGAUUAGAUGUAGGGCCUGAAUGGCCCAGUUAUGUUCUUGGGAUCUUAACCCCAGGACUGUGAUAAGAGUUGAGGUAUGUAUCAGUAGUACUGGUGAGGAACUUCACUCUUGAGCUGAUGGAGCUCCUGAUAUAUAAGAGAUGUUGCCCAAUUGGGCAACAGAAAUAAGCGCUAGAAAGAUAGCUAAUGUUCUUUGAUUGAAGAGGGUCCAGCUACAGCAUAGUAGUAUAAUGAAUUGAAAUGAGAUGUGAUAACAUUAAGGUCUGGUUCAUUUGGCCGGAUGGAACUUGGAAGCAUUGUGUUCAUGAAGGAAACAGGUUAGCAAUUGGUUGUGUUUUUUGGGGUGAUGUAGGGAUUUCUGCCUCCUGUUAGGCCUUUUGUCUCAUGAAAUAGUUCAAGUGAUGUUCUUUCUUUUAAAGUAGAUUCUUAAGGCUUAUUUUUUCCCCAGCCAAUCUUUGUCUAACUGUGUUUGGUCUCCUUUUUUAAAUUUGCGUUAUCUAGUUGUCUGAACCAUAAACCCAUUGAGUGGGACCUGUCCUUUAUGUGUAUUUUGUACACCACUUUGAUUUUGUGGCGUUUGAUUGUUUUACUUAUCAUUAAUCAUCCUUGCUUCAGCUUCUGUAACCUGGAGUUCUGUUGUGGGUAAUUGUUGUUGCGUCCUUCAUCUGAAGUCUCUCAUCUGCACCCCCACUCUGUUCUGGUAGAUGCAAAACUGUACCAGUGUUCUCUUUUAUGUAUCUCAAAUGUUGAGGGCUUAAAGCUGUUACUUAGAUGAGUCACUUUUGUAGUGCAUUUUAUAUUUUUAUCCUACCUUUUGACUCAUUAGGAGCCCCCAGAGCAGCUAACUAUCCAAUAGUGUACAGAAAUAUAAUUGGAUGUCGUGCUUUAGAUCUAUCCUGUGAGACUGUUGCCAUCUUCAGUCUUCCCCAUAUUCUCCAUUUGCAGCCUGCAGCUUCCUUGAGAGUCUUGUGUUGGGUACUCAGUGAAUUCCCACCUGUAAGUGGUAUGAGUUGCUGUUGCUUAGCAUCAUCAUUAGACUUCAUUGGGUGAGCUUUUGGGGUGGUGUGUAUGUUUAGCCUAGGGUAUCAAAGGUGGGUCACUGCUGACCAUCCAACUAUUCAAAUAGAGUGGUUUAUCUGGCAGUUUGCCUUUUCAAGCCUUUUUUGUCUUGGCUAGUAAAAGUCAUAUUAUGGGAUGACUAAAUUAGUUCUGUGAAAUUUAUUUGUAGUUCAAGGGAGGGAGGGUGUGAUGAUGUCAUCUCUCAGAGGUGCUUGCAAGACCGUCUACUGAGGGAAUCUUGGAUCCCCUUGUCUUGAGAAAUCAGAUUUAUCUUGUGUUGAGAAAUUAUUCCUAUUUUGGCAAGGUGGUUGGGUGGGCAAUUGCUUAUUGGAUACAUGUCAUUACAUAUAAAUUCUUUUAAAUUUGGGGUUCCGGAUGGAGUUUAGGAUGGGAAAUUCUUUGGUUACCCCAAUGGAUGUUCUGUAUUGCUGCGAAGCAUGCGAAGCAUGACUUUGUUGAUCUUCCUUUCUUGACAGUUUUCAGUACUACCAGUUUAUUUUAUUUUAUUUAUAUUUUAAUUUAUAUACCGCCUUAUACCCGGAGUUCUCAGGGAGGUUUACAGAAUAAAAUCAAAAUAUAAAACCACAAAAUACAGAAUCAAAAUAAAAACAGCAACAACCCAGUAACCCCCUACAAAAAAAUUGUGCCAUCCUUUUGGACAAUCUGUGUAGAUUCCAGGGAAGAGUAUUGUGCUGCAGUGGUUCUGCUCCAGUCUUGUGGGAUGGUUCCAGAAGUUGGUGCUGUAACUGCUGCUCUGCCUUGUGGAAGUUAACCUUGCAUGGUUCUGCAUUCUGCAGGGUUCUACCUAUAUGACGGUGCUGGGCGAGGUCAUUUGGAGAUUUGGGGCACAGUGUCAUUAUGUUUUUAUUUCUCUUUUUCAUUUGUAUCAGAUGCGGUGUAUGAAUGGCUAAAAUCAAGUAAUGAACUGGAUAUGAAUUAAUAUGUUCAAUCCUGACAAGACAGAUGCAGAUGGUGGGUGAUUUUAUUAGAAAGGAUCUAAAGGACGUUCCUCCUCUUGUUGGGUUCAUACUCCCCAUUAAGUAGAUAGCUGUUUGGGAGUUACCUGAGGCCUGGCACUGCUUUUGGAUGUUUGUGUAGCAGCUUGUGUUCUGUAAGCUUUCACUUAUAUGUCCACUGUGCCCUUUUCUGAAGACUCAGGGACUUGGCCAUAGUCAUGCAUGCUCUGCAACCUUUUAAAUUAACUGUUAUAAUGGGCUUCACAUGUACCUUUCCUUAUGGACAGUCUGGACCAGCUGAAGGUUUGAAGUCCAAUAGUGUAUCUUCUGAAAAUGUGUGCUGGUCAUCCUCUGUGAGCCCUACAGGAUGCCUCUUGGUUAUUGAGCUGAACUCCAGAUACUGAUUUUGACUUACACAGCCUAGGUCUACUCUGUGAUACAUUAAAGAUCACUUUCUCCCAUAUAGACUCCUCCCUACAUAAACUGUGAGUCACCAUAAACAAGAGAGUGCUUUCAGUGCUGCAAUAAUAAAGUAUUUUCAGCAGUGGUGCCUGGAUUGUGGCCCUCCACGUGCAUUGGAGUUGGGCCUUUUGUGUAUCCAAGUGACAUGUUUUCCACCUGUGCUUUGUGAAAGGUUGAAUUCUGAUGUUACCGUUGUUCCAUGUUGCUCUAAACUCAUUUCAAAAGGAAAUGUUUUUUUAAUUGACUAGAUUUUUAAAAUGUGUGAUGUCCAUGUCCCUUUGCUUUUGCAGCUACGUUGCAAUACAUUUACUUAUAAAAACAGAACUCUAUUUUUUUCUUUGCAGUGGACAAUUUUGCUAAGACUGUACAUUUGGCAACUUUUUGCCUUUUGACAAGUGAGUAAGUGAAACAAUGGGAUUAUUUUUUCCCUUAAGAGUGUCCUUAAUAAUUCCUUGAUAAGGGAUCCAGUGUUGGUUGAGGUUUAGGUUGUUAGCUGAUAGCCCCGGAAGUUGCCAGUUUUUUAUUGCAAAAUGUGACCAAGCGUUGGUUUAAGCAACCUUAAUGGAGCUGGUAAAUUCACAUGCAGAGACUGCACCACUUCUCUGUUCACUUGUUAUUUCACUUCCUUUGUCACUUUCAGGAAAGAGGAACACAAGUAAGUUACUGAACUUCACAGGGAGGUUCCUCUCCAAAGAACUUAGAGCGUUGGUGUCCUUGUGAGGAGUCUGUGAGGCAGGCAAAGUUCACAUUUGGGGGAUUCCUUGUGGAAUGAGUAUGGCUUAGAGCAGGGGUCAGCAACCUUUUUCAGCCAUGGGCUGGUCCACCGUCCCUCAGACCAUGUGGAGGGCCAGACUAUAUUUUUUUGGGGGGAAAUGAACAAAUUCCUAUGCCCCAGAAAUAACCCAGAGAUGCAUUUUAAAUAAAAGGACACAUUCUACUCAUGUAAAAACAUGCUGAUUCCCAGAUAGUCCGUAGGCCAGCUUGAGAAGGUGAUUGGGCCGCAUCCAGCCCACAGGCCUUAGGUUGCCUACCCCUGGCUUAGAGAGAGUGAUGACUUGUCCAAGGCUACCUGAGCAAGGUUUCGAACCUGAGUUUCCCACAUGCAAAUCCUCUAGCAUGCCACAGUGGCUAAAUAUGUAGAAAGGCUGAUUCACAAAAAGUCUCUUAAAUGGUAACUCUUUCUAACAAAUACUGCAUUGUACUCAUAUUGCAUUAUGCACCCAAGUGGAUUCACUUUUGAGUUAUGCUCAUUAUGAAAAUUUAGAUGACCCCUUCACAUACAGCACACAGUUAAACUAUGGAAUUUGCUUCCAUGUGAUGUAGGUAUGGCCACCAACUUGGAUGUUUUUAAAAGAGAGACAAAUCCAUAGCAGAUUAGGCUAUCAGUGAAUGGUAGUCAUGAUGCUUGUGUCCUGUCUCCUGUGUUAGUGUCCCUCUGCAUAAGAGUUGCUGGAAAUCCCUGCUUGCAGGUUUCCUGUAGGCAUCUGGUUUGCCAUUGAGAACAUGAUGCUGGACUAGAUUGGCCUUUAGUUUGAUCCAGCAGAACUCCUCUUAGUUACCGGUAUAUGAAAUGGCUUGUGCAUUGUGAAGCGAUUAUGCUUACUUGUGUGAAGAAUGGUGGCACCCUGCUUCAGUGGCAACCUAGAUGUGAUCUUUCCUUUUCUCUCUCUCCUUGCCAGCAGUGACUUAUUUAUUGCCUAGAGCAAGGAAUGUGGGAUUCCCACUACUUACAGUGAUGUACUCAGGAGCUGAAUUCCAGUUGAAUUCUGAGUCUCCUUGAUAAAGUUUUAGUCAUAGAUUAGUUUAACCUUUUCAUUACUACAGCUCAUAAUAAAGAAAUUCUUGGCUUGGUACUAUUUAAAGAAAUGCUGUUGUGAAGGCUUCAUGGCUAUGAUGAUUCACCUUCUUAAUCAAAUUCACCUCAGGAAGAAUUGUGAAAACAGUUGCUUUCUUUAACAGUAUUUUAUCUGUUUGUUUGAUAUUUAUUAAAUUUCUAUGCCAUCCAAGAAGCUACAUAAUUCAGAGCAAGGUUCAAAAUUAGCAGGGUGCCAGGUGCAUUUUGCACCUAAAGAUUCUCCAUUUGUGAGCACCUCCCAAAGUCAGGGUGCCAUUUUUUGCACCUGUCUUACACUCAAGGAUUACAGAAAUGCAUGUGCUUUGAAGCCUUGAAGUAUAUGUUAAGGGUAGACAAUAUGUUAAGGAGUUUAACAAUACUGUGAAAAGUAGAGUGUUUUGAAGACAAGUAUGGUACCAAUAUUUUUAUUGUAAGCACUAAAUUAAACAUGUAUUAACAAUUUCUGCUAAAAUGUAAUAUUAACCAUGUGUCACUUAAGUGAAUUGUGUAUUAGCUAUUAGCUCAUGCUCAUAAAAAUAAUAAAUAAAGUGUUGCCAACUUCUCCCCUGUAGCAACUAGACAUUCUGUUUUGGUGGCUGCAACCCAGGUCCCAGAAGCCAUUUGACUCCUAGCUUUUCCAUCCCAGUUUCUAACACUGAUUCAGAGUGCUGGUGAUCACUUGUAAAGCCCUAAACUUCAUGGGAUCUGGUUACUGAAGGACCACAUUCUGUCACACAAACUGGUCAAGGCCCAUAAGAAGUUAGGCAGGUGAUGCUUGGGGAGUGACUGCAGAGGAUGGGAGAGCAAGUAUGGAUUGACUGAAAUGCCUGAAGGAGAGCUAAAAAAAAUACUAAUCUGUUGACCAUACAGCCUACAGUGGGGGAAAAUAACACCCAGUGCUGUGCUGUGCUGCGCGGCAAUGAUUCAUGGUAAUCAGCUGAGUUUUGCUUACAAAUAUAAGUGGAGGUAUAUUUCUAGUUACUAGUUCUGGAGCUCCUGUUUGUCCCAGUCUGUUUAAUUUUUCUGUUACCCAAAAAAGUUAAAGGAGGAUCAGUUCUGGUAGUAAUUGGACUUGUUAUUUAUUCUACAUGCCCUAGAGAGUGGUGCUGAAUUGCCCUUCCAAGUCAUGGUCUAUCUCUCAACCUCUGCUUUCUAUCUGUAAUGUUUGAGUAACAAUGGCCUUUCAGGAGUUUUGUGAGAGAUACAAAGAGUAAAAAAUACUUAAACAGAAGUGCUGUAUAAAUACAAACUAUUAUUUCAGAAACUGAGGGAGCUUUUGACAGUAAUUCUAUCUCAGCAGCUCAAAUGCUGAACCUACAAAAAUUGUCAGCCCUGAAGGACACCAACAUAUUUUCUAUGUACCGGUAAUUCUUUGAGCAGAUCACUGAUCUAUAAAAGCUAUGCUACUUCAAACCAAAUAGCACAUCUCCUGAGUAUACAAAUAAAGUAAACUUUGAUUGUCCUUGAUUCAUGAUAGUCAAGAGAUCUAAUUUUUUGAAAGCAAAAAGGUUUAGCAUUAUGGAAUCUUAUGCUGACCGAUGAGGGUUUGUAAUGUAACUAGUUCUGUGAGGGAUUGAACUUUGAGCACUUUCCAUAGGAGGAAAGGCUAAAUCAUUUGUGUGUGUGUGUUAGCUUCAGGUGGGCGGGGGAAGUGUGUGCAAGGGAAAUGUUAACGUAGUAGAAAAUAUUUCCGAACGUUUUCUGUCACUAGAUUUUAUAUGAAAAAUGUGAUUGCUAAAAAUACAUUGUCCAUAAAACCAAUGUGUAAUGGUAAUGAAUGUAUACAAAACCAGUGACAUUUUCUAUUUCCCCCCAUGGCUAUUCCUAAAGAGACUAAUAAUAUAAAAUGUCCAGCUAUAUAUUAACAGCUUUUAGUACCUUAAUUUCCCCCCUUAGUGUUUAAACCAUGUUAAGGUAAUUAGAAGAAGAAGAAGAGUUUGGAUUUGAUAUCCCGCCUUUCACUCCCUUUAAGGAGUCUCAAAGCGGCUGACAUUCUCCUUUCCCUUCCUCCCCCACAACAAACACUCUGUGAGGUGAGUGGGGCUGAGAGACUUUUAAGAAGUGUGACUAGCCCAAGGUCACCCAGCAGCUGCAUGUGGAGGAGCAGAGACGCGAACCCGGUUCCCCAGAUUACGAGAAUACUGCUCUUAACCACUACACCACACUACAGUGGUACCUUGGGUUACAUACGCUUCAGGUUACAUACGCUUCAGGUUACAGACUCCGCUAACCCAGAAAUAGUACCUCGGGUUAAGAACUUUGCUUCAGGAUGAGAACAGAAAUCUGGCGGGGGCGGCGCAGCAGCAGCAGGAGGCCCCAUUAGAUAAAGUGGUGCUUCAGGUUAAGAACAGUUUCAGGUUAAGAACGGACUUCCAGAACAAAUUAAGUUCUUAACCUGAGGUACCACUGUAUAUGCAAUUUUGAGUUGUAAGUGUCUUAAAGUGUUUACUAGCAGCCCAAUAAAAAUUCCACAUAAAACUUUGGAUUGGUUUGUAUCUCGCACACCACUGCUUAAAUGUAACACACCACUGCAAGUGGUUGUGUUGUUAGUAAAACCCAAAACAGCUUGUGACCCAGGUAACUCGGAGACUGCCUCCUGUCACAUAAGGAUGCCUGUGUAAGAAAAUGCACCAAGAGGCCCUUCUUGGUUUCCCACCACCAUCAGAGCUGUGGCCUCGAGGUGACCAGCAAUAGGGUAUUUCUAGUGGUGGCACAUUAUUCUGCAAUUGUCCCUGGAGUUUGCCUGACAGUGACAAAAUAAAGUACAUCUUUGUACAGCAUGUAAUUAACCUUUAAAAUGCAUUACUUUAUGUGGUGAUGGCUAGUGGCUUUUAAAAAAUAGACAAAAUUGUGGAAGACAGGCCUUGCAAUGGCUAUUGAAUAUCCAGAUUUGGAUACAGUAUUCCUCUGAAUAUUAGAGACAAAUGGAGGGAAGGUUGUUACCUGAUCUUCCCAGAGAUCCCUGACUGAUUACUGUGGGAAAGAAUGUUGGAUCAGCUGGACCUUUUGGUUUGUCUCAGCAGAUUUGUUAGAUUCACAAUUCAAAAUAUUACUAGUUAGCCUGGCCUAUUAGCUAUAAAACAAAAAGAAACAAUGCUUAGGAAUAUAUUGCACAGUCAAAUGUGGAUCACCGGAUACUGAUUUUUUUUUUUUUUUUGAAAAUGUGUUGCUCAACAUAACGAGAUCCAGUUGUCUGAAAACCUCCAUUCCGUCAAAAAUACUUUCCAGUUUCUCCCAUCAUCCCUAGCUAACAGGACCAGUGGUCAGGGAUGAUGGGAAUUGUAGUCCCAAAACAUCUGGAGGGUUGAGUUUGCCUAUGCCUGUGCUAAAGCUCACUACCUCAAUGAGAAUUAGCUUUUCACACUGACACAUAGCCCUUUCAAUGCUUUGAACUUCAGUGGUCUAUCCCUGUGCACUUGGUCAUCUCAUAAGGGAAUUAGUAUUUUCUACUAACACUUGUUGAGUGGCUUUACAUGGCAGGACAGAGUCUGCAAACAACAUUUCCGGGCUGGUUAUCUGAGAGAUGUUGUUUGCAGAUGCCCAACUGUUUUGCCCAAGCCUGCAUGGAGUUUGGCCUCAUCCUCAGUCUGAUGAAGACCAACAUCCUGGGUCAGGACGUCAUCAGCAUUGUUGACCACACACCUGAGGGAGCGUCUCCACCCCCAUUGUUCUGCCCAGACGCCGAGGUCCAGCACUGAGUGCCUUCUGGCAGUUCCCUCACUGCAAGAAGUGGGAACAGGGAACCAGACAGGGGGCCUUCUCGGUAGUGGCACCCGCCCUGUGGAACACCCUCCCAUCAGAUGUGAAGGAAAUAAACAGCUAUCUGACUUUUAGAAGACAUCUGAAGGCAGCCCUGUUCAGGGAACUUUUUAAUGUUUGAAGUUGUAUUCUGUUUUUAGUCCUCUGUUGGAGGCCACCCAGAGUGGCUGGGGAAACACAGCCAGAUGGGCGGGGUAUAAAUAAUAAAAUAUUAUUAUUACUAUUAUUACAUUUAUUUAUUUAUUUAUUAUUGUAUGGGAAUCCCUUUGCAGGCAAUCGCAGUGCCAGGAGACAGACAGACAGGUUGUGUAUCCAUAGCAGUGACUGCUGGGAGGAGCCCAGAGUACACCUUGGUGUACCUGUAGCAGCAAAACCCGGACACUUUCAUCUGCCCCACCUGCAAUAAAUUAUGUCUCUUCUGUCUCUGACUCCACAGCCAUAGCACAUGCUAUACCUCUCCAACAGUUUGACCUCACAUCCGAAUGCACACUUCCAUUGCAAGACAGACUGAUUGCCAACUGUUCAUUGGCCAGGAUCAUUGUCCUAAUACACAACCCAAGAAGUGUGCCUGCUUCACUAUCUUUUACAUGUGCUACAUUAUUUCACUAGCUUUUACAUGUGCUAAAUUACUGGUGCCUGGAAUACACACUGCGCUUCCUUAGAUUCUAACCUCUUGUUGGUUUGACACAAAGCUUUUAACACAAGCUUAAACACUUUAAACCUUAAUUAAAUUCUGGCACUAGCUGAUCUGGAAUUUAGCCUGUCCCCCAGAUUCAUAACAUCAUACUCAGCAUAACUGAGAUGCUAUCAAGGAGAGAGAAGUCAAGGAUGCAAGCUUUGGGCAUACGUCUCCCACAAUGUCUAGUUCUGACUUUUAUUACUAUGUUAGCAGUGCUCCCAGGAAGUCCUACAUAACUUUUGUUUGUCAAUCUCAUCCGAAUCUUUUCAAGGGGAGUGUAAACUUAUUUGAGUGUGAGAAAUCAAAGGACAGAACAACGUACUCCUUUCUGUUAGUAUGAGCUCUGUAGUUCAGUCCAUGUAUUUUUAUUCUGUCCUUCAGCCUGAUUCUUAGGGUGGCUUACAAAAAGAAUAAAACAAAGCAUCAAUAUGAAAAGCAUAAAACCUAAUUGGCCUUAAUUUUCUAGUACCUGUUGGGAUUGCAAUUGGAAUUGCUAAAAUGAUCAAGCUGGCAAUGCUUGCUGGGCAAUCCUUCUAAAUCUCUCAAUUUUUUACAGGGCCACCAGCCAACCUGUUUCAGCCGCCCCGUCGUCCAGGCCUGGGAACAGUAGGGAAACCGAUUCGUCUCUUAGCCAAUCAUUUCCAAGUGCAGAUCCCUAAAAUCGAUGUUUAUCAUUAUGAUGUGGAUAUCAAACCAGAAAAGCGUCCCCGGAGGGUGAACAGGUGAGACCAACUAGAGAAUUCCAAGCCUAUUUUUAACAGUUCUCCAACUGCUGUCAAUUGCAGUUUUAAAUAGGUUCUUUGGGUAAAGAACUUAAAUAUGCUAUGAGCAUUUGAGUACUAAAAUUGGAUGUACUAUGGAACAGCCUUGCGUCCUCAGCAACAGAUUUGGUGACAUUCUGAUACUGUAAAAACCACUUGUCCUUGGACUAAAAUAAUUUUUAUUUAUUUGGGCUCUUCAGACAGCUUGGAUUAUGUUUUGACAAACUGGAUCAAGACUGCUAAAUGCUUGCAUGCCACUAAUUUUUCCUGUUGUCUCUGCUCACUUCUAUUUUGCUUCCAACUCUUUUCAGGGAGGUAGUUGAUACUAUGGUGAGACACUUCAAGAUGCAGAUAUUUGGGGAUCGGCAGCCUGGCUAUGAUGGCAAGAGGAACAUGUACACUGCACAUCCUCUGCCUAUUGGCAGGGAUAGGGUAAGUGGUUUCAUGAAUGGCCUUCAGAAGAUACUAUUCUCAAUCUGAUGCCUAGAUCAGGCACCCCCAGACUUGGCCCUCCAGCUGUUUUGGGACUACAGUUCCCACCAUCCCUGACCACUGGUCCUGUUAGCUAGGGAUGAUGGGAGUUGUAGUCCCAAAACAGCUGGAGGGCCGAGUUUGGGGGUGCCUGGCCUAGAUCCUAAUGGUGUCAUGCUUAACCUGACCUUCAGUAUUGCAGGAAUAUGAGCUAUCGAUAAACUGAUUUAGUUCUAAGUUUUGCAGUAACACCAUGUAAACAGAAUGCUGUGCAGAAGCUUAAAGUGGUAUUUGUUAACACUGGCAAAUUCAGAUGUGAUGCUAAGCCAUGACGUAUAGUUUAACAUUGUGAAUGAGCUUGAGUUCUCCCACUUUGCUCCUUGCUUACUUGAGCAGGGAAUCAGACCAUGGAACUUAGCAUUUUAUGUUCAGACCAGUGCUUAUAAUUUGUUUAUUUCUGAUUAAGCCAUGAUUGGGAAGCUAAGAAGAAACUUGAGCUUCUUGAUAGGGACCAGUUUGGAGAGAGACAAAUCAUGAGUGCUGGUUCAAAAGUUUGCCUGCUCAACUAAGUAAGGAGCAAAAGUGGGAGAGUUUGACCUGCAUCAUAAGCAUGUAGUUCAUGCACAGUAUGAUUAAAUAAACCAACACUAUGGCUUAGCGUUGCAUCAGAAUGUGACCAUUGUAUAAAGGGAGAAUCUUAUAGUAUGUGUGUUCCUUUCUGGAGAGGGCCACUUUUCAUGCCUCACUGUGCUAAAUGAAACAUCUCAAUAUGCUCUGAAAUACUUCUAGGACUUACUGUACUUCCAUGGAGUGGUGAUCUGCAGCUUCAGAAGGAGUAGGGAAGUCUUAAUAAUGAAACUGAUGAUACUUUGGGAUCAAGGUUAUUGUGGCUAGGCUGCAGCCCUUCAGAUGUUGGGACUCUGCGGUCCGGGCUGGUAUGGCCAAUGAUCUGUCCAGGCUAGCAUGGCCAAUGGCAAAUGAAUGAUGAGAGCUGUGGUUCAGCAAUAUCUGGAGGACCAACCCUACUCCUUUUUAAGGGUUUUUACAAAGAGCAGAUUUCAGAUUCUUCUGCUGCAGAAAUACAUGCUAUAACUAAAACGGCCCUAAAUUUAAACUGAUCUUUAUCCAGUUUCAGUGAAGUACAAGCAGUGAAGGGAUUCAGCCUUUUUCAAAGUUGAAAACAUCUGCAUUAGUAUCAGCUAUAUGACUAACUUUCAAAAUUGACUCUUCAGGUGGAUAUGGAGGUCACACUCCCAGGUGAAGGGAAGGACCAAACCUUUAAAGUGUCAGUUCAGUGGGUGUCUGUGGUCAGCCUUCAGAUGCUCCUGGAAGCUCUGGCAGGGCAUCUGAAUGAAGUCCCAGAAGACUCUGUACAGGCACUUGAUGUCAUCACACGGCACCUUCCCUCUAUGAGGUGAGCUCCUAUGAUAUAUUCUCACUCUUCUCACAGCCAAGGCUAGUUAAACUACCUUUUGUGGAUGUACUUUUAACCCCCCCCAACCCCCCAAUGCAGCCCUAUUGAGGAUCGAGCACAGAAUUCUGACUGACUUGGUGGGAGAUGAAAUGGAAUAUCCUGGCUGAGGGCAUGGCUGGCUGGAAUCCUGAACAGGAACAUUCCUCAUUGCAGCAUUUUGUUGCAAGUCCCACUUGGUUAAUGAUUGAUGCAUGUAAUAUGUUGUACAGAAUUUUUUAUCUGCAAGUUUCCUCCAAAGAAAACAAAGCUGAUACACCUGUCUUCUUAGGUACACGCCAGUGGGCCGUUCCUUCUUCUCUCCCCCUGAAGGAUAUUAUCACCCACUGGGAGGUGGUCGCGAGGUUUGGUUUGGCUUCCACCAGUCUGUCAGGCCUGCAAUGUGGAACAUGAUGCUUAACAUCGAUGGUAUGAAAAAAAAUCAUUUGCUUUAAUUGCCUUAAAUCUCUUCCAUAAACCUAUUUCUCAGUACAUUUUGUUGUUGUUCUCUUUUAGUAUCGGCAACUGCUUUCUAUCGUGCCCAGCCUAUUAUUGAAUUCAUGUGCGAGGUCUUGGAUAUUCAGAACAUCAAUGAACAAACAAAACCCCUUACAGACUCCCAGCGUGUUAAGUUUACCAAAGAAAUCAGAGGUGAAUCUUUGGAGUAAAUAAAAUAUUUUCAUGCAUGUUGAAUUGUAAAAAUCAAAGUAACUGAAUCCCAAAGUGUCUUCUGGUAUGCUCCCAUCAUUGGAAAAUAAUACGAAGGCCUAGGACAUCUAUAGCACUUUUCAGUAUGCAGACUGUAGUUCUUCUCAUUUGUGUUGUUGCACUUUCUUCACAAUAGGUUUUAGCUUGAGUAGCUGUUAAAAACAUUUUGAUCUUUUAAUGUGGCCUGAUCUUUGAUAACCAGAUUUAAGCUUUUCAUAGGUGGGAUAUUUCAGCAUAUAAUAUUUUGAUUCCUAUCUGGGACUUUGAAACUGUAAUGCAACCUAGAGAUGGGCAGGCUAAAUAAAGUAGACUUCACAACAGCUUUCUAAUGUAGUCACUUAAUCCAUGUAGAAAGCAGGGAUUUGAAUCUGGAGUUCCACAUAAAACCCCAAAUGCCUUCUCAUUGCUUCUCAUUAACCUUUGCUUAUUGGUGUAUUUGGUGUGUGUUCUGGAUUUGCAGGUUUAAAAGUAGAGGUUACUCACUGUGGUCAGAUGAAGAGAAAAUACAGAGUUUGCAAUGUUACUAGAAGACCAGCCAGCCAUCAAACGUAUGUAUGCUCAUUCUUUGAGUUGUAGCAACUAAAUUCUGCUCAGAGUAGACUCAAUUUAAAACAAUGGAUCCUAGUAAGUCAUAUUCAUUAAAUUUGGUGGAUCUCCUCUUGAGUUGGAUGCAACCCUUUGCUUUUAAGAUAAAUAUUUUUAAAGUGUAAACUAUUAAAAACAUGUGCAUUACAGAACAAGGGACAGCAGACCAUUCACGUUCUAAUAUAUAAACAUUUUUCUUGUGAACACUAAUAACUGUGAAUACUAAUCAAAGCAAUAUUUCCCCUCACAGGUUCCCUCUGCAGUUGGAAAAUGGGCAGGCCAUGGAGUGUACAGUAGCCCAGUAUUUUAAGCAGAAGUACAGUCUACAGCUGAAAUACCCUCAUCUUCCAUGCCUUCAAGUAGGGCAGGAGCAGAAACAUACAUAUUUACCCCUUGAGGUAAAUAAACAUGGCAGUUUACUUCAGUCCCAUUGUAUUCCAAUAUGGUCGCCUACAUGCCGUCUUUCUGAUCUUAGGUAUGUAAUAUAGUAGCAGGCCAACGAUGUAUCAAGAAGCUUACUGACAAUCAGACGUCAACGAUGAUCAAGGCAACGGCACGGUCUGCACCUGACAGGCAGGAAGAAAUUAGUAGACUAGUGAGUAACUCUUAACUUGACUUUACGGGGAUGAAAAGCUUCAAAUAAGUCUGUGGCAAACAUGAUGGUCACAGUGUGCAUAUCACAACAGCAUCUUUUCUCGUUAGUGUUCCAAACCGUUUACUUGGAUCCAGGGUUAAAGACCAUCUUUGGGUACUGGGCUUAGUAGGAUUGUGAGGUUAAGGUAUGCUCGUUUGUUGGCUGUGGCACAGAGUAUGAUGACAACAAAUAACCAUAGCCAGUUAAUUUUUGACAACUUAUGUGUACAUGAAUGGAGCAAAGAAUGACAACAGCCCAGAAAACAGUAUAGAUAAUUAGCUGUGGUUGAGCCACACCUGCACAAGUAAAAGAGCCAUGUAAUUAUGUGUGUUCAAGAGAUGCUCUCUUUUUUCUCCAGGUGAAGAGUAACAGCAUGGUAGGCGGUCCAGAUCCAUAUCUGAAGGAGUUUGGAAUUGUUGUCCAUAAUGAAAUGACAGAGUUGACAGGCAGGGUGUUGCCUGCACCAAUGCUGCAAUAUGGAGGCAGGGUAAGUUUCCACAAAAUCAUACAUUAGGCAAAUCAUGUAUCAUUUAAUCACUAGUUGAAUUUCUAGUCUACUCAGUCCCUUUAGACUUAGGUUUAACAGCAUGAAGGAGAAAUGCCAUAUGCUAUUUAUUUGUUCAGGCUUUGGGAAGAUAGCAUUAAUUCCCCCCCCAGUAACUCCUCCCCAGUAACUACCGUCUUCAGGGUUAUAUAUUAUUAUUAUUAGGUGUCCUAGGCUCUCUUUGGGGUGGAAAGGCGAGUCUUAUAUCUUAAAUAAUAUUUUUAAAUGAGAUAAUGCUAAAAAUAUUCAACAUAAUACCUUCAGUUACCAAAAUGUUUCAUUUGUACAUUAGCUUAAAGCUGUUGUGGAAGAACUGUUUUGUUUUUUAAAUCUUCCUUAGAAUAAGACGGUUGCUACACCAAAUCAGGGUGUCUGGGAUAUGAGGGGAAAGCAAUUCUAUGCUGGCAUCGAAAUCAAAGUCUGGGCUGUUGCCUGCUUUGCCCCUCAGAAACAAUGCCGAGAAGAUUUGUUAAAGUAAGUCAUUUCUAGCUUUGAAUAUACAGUGUGAUUUAUUCUUAUUUCCACUGAUAACUGCUGGUGAUUUAGCUGUCGGUUGUGGGUUCAAUGCCCCUAAUGCAUGCAAGUUUUUUCCUUGCAUCUGCAUGACAUUGUUGACAUCAAAAUGCCAAUCCAUAUGUUUCCCAUAUUUGAUCUGGUUUUACAGUUUCCAUAGAAAAUCCAAUAACUGAUGAGAGGGGAAAUCUUGUUGCCAGUGACUCACUAGCAACCUCUGUCUCAAAGCGUUGCUUGUUGAGCAUAUUGUUUUUAGUAUGCUACGCUUUACAUGAGCUAAUAAAUGAGCUAACAAAACAGAACGAGCGCUUAAGGGCAUACACCUGAGCAGGGCUAGCACAAGACUACAGGGGCCCUUGGCAUGGUCUGGCUGAUGGGACUCAGCCUCUGGACACCUGAUUAAUCCAUCCUUCUGUUUCCAGCAGCAGCAGAGUCACUGCCCCCCUUUCCUGCCUCCACCACCCCACUUAAAAAAAAGUUCUGUGUUGCAGUAGCAAAGGCAGCACAGGUGGCUUCUCUGCCACCUCUGGGCUCUGAGAGUGGGCCAAAGAGGGGUCCUUUGGAGCCAGGUAUUUUUGGGCAAGGUGGCUAAGAUAAUGCUUGCACUGCUGCCAUGAUUUGCUGCAGUGCUUAGGAAGACUUUUGAAACUUUUAAAAAUGGUUUAGAAGGCCUUUCUAGCCACUGUAGCGGCGGGGUGGGCAUUUCCCUGGCUAUCUCACCCAGAACACCUGGCUCUGAAGAGUAAGCCUUUUUGGCUUUUUCAGAGCCCACAGGAAGCAACUGCCAGAGGCAGGCAGUUCGGUGGCCACUGCAAAUUGAAGCUGAGUUUGUCUCCUAAGAGGUGUCUGCACAACUCUGACCUGAUGAUAAAUGAGUGAGUAGCAGAUUGGGCCAGUGAGAGCCACUUUCUUGGCUGGGCCUGUGCACAGUAUUUUUUUAGAUUUCUGAAAGUGUACUAGAAACUAUCUCCCCAAUCCUAGUUAAAAAUUGCAAUAUAAUUUGCUUAUUUUCAUUGGGAAUUUCAUAUUAAAAGCAUAAUAAUUUAACUAUACUAAAAUCCAUUUAUUCUGGUGUUCCUUUUCCAACAGUGACAGGCCAAACACUUCUAGAAGAUUAAGCAAGACCUGAAGGGAAUAGCUGUCCCAAUUGAUUUUUAGCUCAUGUUAUUCUGAGUUGUACUGUGACUGUACGUGGAAUUUUCAGUUAGCAAGUACAGCUAAUGACUGUUGCAAAACCUAUAUUCUAGGAAUGGUCUAAUUCUUCUCUCUUAAAACAGGCUCAGCUAGUCACCAUUAUGUCUCAUAGCAGUGAAUCUCAUGGUGUGCUCAGAAUAAUAGAGAUAAAACUUGCAGGAUUAUAGGUUGCUGCUGAUAACCUCAAAGGCAUAAUUUGUUUAUAGGAGUUUUACUGAUCAACUGCGCAAAAUCUCCAAGGAUGCAGGGAUGCCAAUCCAGGGCCAACCGUGUUUCUGUAAAUAUGCACAGGGUGCCGACAGUGUGGAGCCCAUGUUCAAACACUUGAAGUUGACUUAUGUUGGGCUUCAGCUAAUUGUAGUGAUUCUCCCUGGAAAGACACCAGUCUAUGGUAAGAAAGAUGAAACUUAAUAUAACCUUGCAGUUCCAACAAAAAUAUUUGUGACCAAAGUGCACACAUGAUAUAUUUGGCAUCGCCUUUUCCUCCUUCCUAUGCAACACAGUGAGGUCCCCCCCGCUCCCCAAAAUAAAUCCACUCACUCACUAAGCAGGUUAUCCAGUUCACUUAGCCACUGAUGGUGGGCGAGAUCGAGCAUAUUAGCUAAGAUUGUCUGAAGUAAUAUGGCAAAUGUUUAUUGAAUACAUAAAUUGUUCAGACUGUGGCAGGAAUCCACCCAGCACUCAUGGGAUUCCAUGGCAUGCUCUCUUAAAGUAAUCAAAUGAAUUUUUUAGCAUUUGGCAUGAUAAAAGUCUGUAAUUUUUUCAGGACAAGUUAUUCGUUGUUUACUGUUGUAACAAUUGUUUUCUCAAAAUUUAUCUUCUGUACCAUGAAAAUAAAAGGUUUUUUGUUUUUUUUAAAAGAUUAUCUGAAGUAAAUUCUUGCUUUCCCUUACAGCUGAAGUCAAACGUGUUGGGGAUACUCUGUUAGGAAUGGCCACCCAGUGUGUUCAGGUGAAAAACGUGGUGAAAACCUCUCCACAGACGCUGUCCAACUUAUGUCUGAAGAUCAAUGCAAAACUUGGUGGAAUAAACAACGUGCUUGUACCACAUCAAAGGUCAGAUUAAACUUAAUACCCUUAGGAAUCUAAUGCAGCAGGCACUCUGGUUGAUAUUGGUUGAGAAGCAAAGUGAGACGUGGUUGUUUAGAAUGGCUUCUAUUUGUAAUGCACAGCGUCAACAUCUUUCCAGUAAAACUUACUCUAUAUAGUAAUAUGCAAAUUCUUGACAAGCCUAAAAUCUCACUUUUGGUCCUAAUAGGGACGCAUCCAGAUGCCAGUAAAAUAUUUUCUGUGUUUUUUACAUGUGCGCUUCUGUCAUUGUUUGAACAAGAUAGCACUGUGUACAGUUAAUACGAUACAGUUUUCCGUAUUACAACCCACUUUAUUUAGAUGCUGUUGCGACAUAGGGGGCAGCAUUAAAACAACUUUACUAGAAUUCCUGUUAAAGCCAUCAUAGAUGUUGAGACCCAACCAUUUGACAUGCUUGGUACUGGGAAAUUUUUUAUCUUUCUGUCCUAAUUUUGUAAUUGUGUUUUCUUUUAAUUUUAUUUGACUGUGUGCUGCUCUGAGUGUGUUACUCUCGCUCCACUAUCCACAAAAUAGCUCCAGAGAGUUCGGAAAAUUCCCAUAAUAGAUUUGGUUGGUGCAAGUGUGGCAUAGAGUAGGAAAAUGCUCAGUUGCCUCCAAUACAAUGAAUGUUUGCUCAUUUUUGCCAUUGAUUAAUAAAUUGCAUUAAUGUGAUUUUGUGAAAUUAGGAUGUUUAUCGGUGCCUCAAUUUAAUUAGGCCAAACUAGCAUGAGGUCAUAAAGCAGUAUUUUAAUGACUGGAGGCUCUUCCAAUAGGGCUGCUGACAUUCCCAAUGAGAAUGCCAAGCAGUUCUUUAACCCUCCCUGCCUCUGCCCCGAGAAAAAUCUCAAAAGGACACACACACUUUCCUCUCCCACAUAUAUUUUAUACUUUGAUAAAGUUACAGUGGCUUGCAGAGGCAUUUGUCAGUUUCAUGUUCUCUGACCAAUCAUUCUCUGUAACACUCAGCCAGUCCUAACCUAAAAGGAUCGCUAUAGUUAGAGAUGUGAAGGCCUGAAGAAAAAACUGAAAUAGAACAACUGCUCCCAUUGUCCAAUAACUGGAAAACAAAACAACAGGAAAAAAUUGGGAAGAUGAGGAUUUUCCCCCCUUUUACAGGGCCUAUCCCAUGCCUUCAUAUGUCUAGCUAUGGCAAUAAUGGCCCCUCACAUGUGUCUCUGGGAAGAAAAGCCACUGACAUUAAGAUAUUUGAACAUUUGGAUUAUUGAGUAUUAGGAGAACUGCUGGCUUUUCAGCCCCUGAAAGGGCUCUCUCUCCUUUUGUUGUUUUGAGGGCUGUUCAGCAGCCACUGGAUUAGGAAGGACUGCCUGAAAACCUUGAAGAACAGCCUAGCACUAUGAGCAUGUUCAGAGCUCUUUCCUUGAAGCCCAGACCCUCCUCAUAACUUUUAGCAUCUUCUGUAAUUACAGAAGGAAGAGGGAGUGUUUUGAGGAGCUGUUUGUUUGUUUUGUUAUGUGGUAUUGCUGAGAGAAAAAGAGGGCAAGCAACAGUGGAGACCGCAUGUAUAAUAAAUAAAUAAAUAAAUAAAUAAAUAAAUAGCUAUCUAUUUUUGCUUGAUUGUUUUGCAUUUAUUUUUGUGAAAUGGAUUGGGAGGAGAAAUGGUGGAUGGCUUGUGUAGCUGCAAACUCUGUAUUAACCAUUUCCCUGCAUUCACUCAUUAAAAGCUGCAGCAGCUGCUGGGUGGGGCAGGGCGGCUUGUCUGAGCCACGUGCAGUUCCAGAGCCUUUCCAGAAAAGGUGUGUAGAUCAGCUUCCAAUAAGUGCCCCCAGAAUAUCUUGAUUGCAGAAUGGAAGAAAAUGUGGGUGCUAUGAAUUGUUUCUCGCUUGCUUGUGAGCUUAUCAGUUAAUUUCUAAAACGAAAAGUUUGGGCUCUGUGCCUGUCCGGAUGUCACACUGACUGACUGCACAUCCUUCCCCAAACCUGAAAGGUAUUUCUCCCUAAUUUCAGACAUAAGAGGCUGAUAGUGAUUGUUCUGAUGCGAUGUGCUCUGCACAUGAGACAUUAUUACUUCACAUUUUCAGGGCUCGGCUAUACUGAUCAAAUGAAUCAAUAUUUUUUGUCUAUUGGUUGAAAUACCUCAUUCUUUUCAUUUAGAGAAAAAAGGUGUUUUGAAUAAUGAAAAGCUAAAUUUUGGCAGGGGGGGACUGCAUGCAACUGAAAGCAAGUGUUUCUCACAUUUUAGAAGUUUUGGUUUCAUGGCAAUAGAUGUAUAGAUGUACUCAAUACAUAAAUAAAUAAAAAAUCUAAUUUCUAAAUAAAAGGUACAGAGUCUUUCUUGUCUGAAAAUCAUAGUUGGGCCCUCUUACAUGAAACCUCUUCCCCUGUCCAUAGAUGUGCAGAAUAAUUUUUGGCUCUCAGCACAAUUGUAAUGACAUGCUUUCCUUAAAUAAGUGCUGUGCAAGUCCUAUUGUGAUGAAAACAGCAAGGUUAAGAGUUGUAGCCCUACCAAGUCAAAAUGUUACCAGGCUCCACUGACUGUAAAUUUUCUUAAUUUGAUGCUAAUUCUAAAUCUUUGGUUCUAAUUUAAAUAUGUAUAGAUCAGGAGUAGGCAAUCUUAGGCCUGGGGGCUGGAUGUGGCCCAAUCGCCUUCUCAAUCCGGCCUGCGGACGGUCCGGGAAUCAGUGUGUUUUUACAUGAGUAGAAUGUGUCCUUUUAUUUAAAAUGCAUCUCUGGGUUUUUUGUGGGGCCUGCCUGGUAUUUUUACAUGAGUAGAAUGCGUGCUUUUAUAUGAAAUGCAUCUUGGGGUUAUUUGUGGGGCAUAGGAACAUGGUCAGAGGGACAGUGGACCGGCUCAUGGCUGAAAAAGGUUGCUGACCCCCCUGGUAUAGAUAGUGGGGGCGUGGGGGCACAGUGUGUGGUUUGCACCAGGUGCAGUUAUGGUUAGUUACAGCAUUGUCUAUGGGAGCAGCAGAAUGUUCAGUCCUUGUGGUACUCUGCCCAUCUGACAGUGUACAUUAGUGCAUAAAUUAAAAGUCAAAAGACAGGUGAAGGGAACGUGAUAAUGCAUCCCAUUUCUUGAUUUCCAGUGUAAUCUCACCCCCCCCCCUUUUCAAUUGAACAGGCCCUCUGUAUUCCAGCAGCCAGUGAUCUUUCUGGGAGCAGAUGUCACACAUCCGCCUGCUGGGGAUGGGAAGAAGCCUUCCAUCGCUGCUGUCGUAGGCAGCAUGGACGGCCACCCUAGCCGCUACUGUGCUACUGUGCGAGUACAGACUUCCCGCCAGGAAACUUCCCAAGAGCUGCUGUACAGCCAGGAAGUGAUUCAGGACCUGACCAACAUGGUGCGAGAACUGCUGAUCCAGUUCUAUAAGUCCACCCGCUUCAAGCCCACGCGGAUCAUCUACUAUAGGGGAGGUGUGUCAGAAGGGCAGAUGAAACAGGUAUUCGUCUCAAGCUCCUUAUAUGUUGCAUGGAGGUUUAGCUUUCCAAACCUAGGAAGAUCCAGGAGACUCCUUUUCUGGACAGAGAAGUUUGUGCCAUGAGGUUGCAUGAAGCGGAAGCCUGUCCUAAAAAGCAUUUAGUUCAUAAGCUUUAUUAUCCAAUUUUGAGAUCCACUAUUAGUAUCACAUGCAUGCUGGGCCACUGCAGUUACUUUUGAGAUCCGAUGCAUCCACAGACCAAUAGCCUGUUGGUUCAUGUUACAUACUCCACCCCACCCCCUUGCAGACAUGCUACUCUGUAUAGGUAUAGGUAAACAUGGCAGUGGUUAAAAAGGGUAGCAUAUAAGUUGAAUAAAUAAUAACAGUACUGUAGGCAGUUAUUGUUUUUGUUUGGUAUUACAGUAUAUAUUUUUGUGUUUUUAUACUGUAAACUGCGCUGUGAUCUUUGGUUGAAGGACAGUUUAGAAGUUUAAUAAAAAAUAAAGAAAUAAUAAGAUAAAACAAAUCUGUGACUCAGUACACCCUUUUAUGCAGAAAGUCUCAUGUUCAAUCCCUGGUGUCUCCAGUUAGAGCUGGGAAUGAGAAUGUCCCCUAUCAGACACCCCAGAGAGCCUCUGCUAGUUUGUGAAGACAGUACUGAGCUAGAUGGACUCUGUAUAAGGCAGUUUAGUAUGAAAAAUGACGCCUUCUUGGCGACUGCUUUGCAUUUUUAUAGAGUAGCAACUAUCGCAAGUAACUAUGCCGUGUCUCCCACCCCCAAAGAGUGGUUGUAUUGUAAAAUCCACACACAGUGACUGAACCAUAUUCUAACAUGUUUUUGUUUAAAUUUCUAGCCUGUCUCUCCAGCAAAUUGUUUUUUGUGUGAUGUGUGUAAUUGUCAUUUAAAUUUUAGAACCUUAUACAUUCUAGUCCCUUACACAUUUGUUAAUGAUAAGGAAGAGGGUGUUUAAUCUUCAGAAAGAGAAAUUGCCUUUUCCUUUGGGUGUGGAAACUUGGUACUACCUGAAAUGACUGAACCCUGUCCUAAUGUGUUAGUUAAGCUUCCUCCUUACUCAUUGUUUGCUGAAAGAGUAGGCUGGCUGGCAGCCUCCAAAUCUGAGCCUCUUAUAUUUUACUAAAAGUAUUUCUUCAUCCUCAGCUUGAAUUGGCAUUUAAGUUGAAAUCUUACAGUGCCAAUGGAAUCUGGCCCUUUAUUCAGGUAGGUAGCCGUGUUGGUCUGAUGAAGUCGAAAUAAAUUAAAAAAUUGUCCAGUAGCACCUUAGAGACCAACUAAGUUUGUUCUGGGUAAAAGCUUUUGUGCGCAUACACACUUCUUCAUAUACACAGUGUGCAUGCACACGAAAGCUUAUACCCAGAACAAACUUAGUUGGUCUCGUAAGGUGCUACUGGACAAUUUUUUUUAUUUUUGUUACUUAUUUUACUGGUCCUUUAUGUAAGGAGUUGGAUGUAUUGGAUAAAUACAAUAAAAAUAAUGACCUUGUGCAAUCCAGAUAAGUAGCUGAUGUCAAGCACUUAAAUUUUCUAGGUGGCCUGGCCAGAACUCAUUGCAAUCCGGAAGGCCUGCAUCAGUUUGGAAGAAGACUACAGACCAGGAAUCACCUACAUAGUUGUUCAGAAAAGGCAUCACACAAGGCUGUUCUGUGCUGACAAAUCUGAAAGGGUAGGCAAUGCUUCCUUUGGAAUGACGAGGCAUCUCAUUAGACCACAUCUUGUUCCGGGGUGCUAAAAAUCUCUUGAUGGAAAGAGGCGAUGUAUUAGCACAUUUCAUAAUGUUAUUCAUUGCCUGUUUGCAAAGUGAAGUUGGAAAAAAAACAUAGAGCAGGGGUAUAAAUUAAAUUAUUAAUAAUAAAAUAAAUAAUGUCAAUCAGCCAGACAAAGGAUGACUUGAGAAGGGUGCUUAAUUUCUUAAGGUAUAAUUUGUAACUAUAUGCUCAGAUGCACAGGAUACCAAAGUAAGCACCUGGACUCAGGUUCAGAAUAACACUGAAAGUGCUUCUUUUGGCAUUCUGCAAGUCUGCUGUCAGUAGCAUAGCAACUCUUAAGCUGUAGGGCAAUGUGGUAUAGCUGUAAGACAGGCAGCAUUUCUUCCUGAACUUCAAAGCUUAAAACUUUGAAAAUGGUGUAAAGAAUAAAUUAUAAACUGAGGGUAUCCAAAAGCCAAAAAGAGUAGUACAGUGGUACCUCGGGUUAAGUACUUAAUUUGUUCCGGAGUUCCGUUCUUAACCUGAAACGGUUCUUAACCUGAAGCACCACUUUAGCUAAUGGGAUCUCCUUCUGCCACCGCUCCGCCAGAGCACGAUUUCUGUUCUUAUCCUGAAGCAAAGUUCUUAACCUGAAGCACUAUUUCUAGGUUAGCGGAGUCUGUAACCUGAAGCGUAUGUAACCCGAGGUACCACUGUAAAUACAGUCAUACAUCGGGUUGAAUGUGCUUCGGGUUGAGCACGUUGGAGUUGCGCUCCACGGCAACCCGGAAGUAACGGACCGCGUUACUUCCGGGUUUCGCUGCUUGCCAUUCGCAUCCUGAAGUACCACUGUACAGUAUAUUUCAUCUAUAGCUUGCCUUUCCCCCAAGGUGUUCAAGACAACAUACCUGACUUUGCCAUUUUUAUCACAACAAAAGUAGCUGCAAUAGGGCAGUUGUAUACUUCAGGUUUUAUUGUUACUACAAAACUAUGCUUAAUGUUGCUUUAAAUCCAGUUAGACAUAACUGAUACAUUAUACAAAGCUGAAGAAAAAGGUGGAAGGCAAAUUUUAAAGUGUGUGACACUGAUAAGUGGCCAAGAAGGUAACAACUGGUUGGUUGAAUGGCAUUGAACUGUAUUUUGCUACAUAUGCAAAUAUUAAGGCACUCAUUGAUGUAUCUAAUAGGUGGGGAAAAGUGGCAAUGUUCCAGCAGGCACAACUGUGGACAGCACAAUCACACAUCCCUCUGAAUUCGACUUCUACCUCUGUAGCCAUGCAGGAAUUCAGGUAAUCUGCAGCUUUGGUUAUGAUAAUAUUUUGAUGGUUCAUUUACUUUUAUAUGCAUUGGGACUGGCCUAGAGCAGCUUCAUUUAAGCCAUUAAAAUGUGUGCUAGAGGGGAGAAUGCAUGAAUACAAUGGGCCCACAACAUUUGUGCCUCUUAGUCAGUGGAACAGUCCCUUCUACCUUUGUCGUUAGUGAUAUUCAACCUUGCUAAAACCUGUGUAUCUCAGAGAAAUGGGGAAGCAUCUGGAAAAGAAGAGGGAUAAACAGGGUUAUUAAUUCCCAAGAUGUAAUUUACCCUUGGAGAAAGAGAGAAGGGACUUUCUGACAGGUGCCCAGUCAUUCAUCUUUUGUUACACAUCUUCUAAAAUAAAAAUAGUGGAUUUCCUGGCCUUCUCUUCCUGCAGGGAACUAGCCGUCCUUCUCACUACCAGGUCUUGUGGGAUGACAACUGUUUCACUGCUGAUGAAUUGCAGUUACUGACAUACCAGCUGUGUCACACUUACGUCAGGUGUACACGGUCUGUCUCGAUCCCUGCUCCUGCAUACUAUGCCAGGCUGGUAGCAUUUAGGGCAAGAUACCAUCUUGUGGACAAAGAUCAUGACAGGUGAGUAGUCGAGGGGUUAGGGUUAGGGUGCAUGCUUCUGUUCCAUGGACCACUAGGCCAGGAAGGGAUGGUGAACUUUAUUCAGCCCAAGGACCAUAUUCCCUUACUUAAAGGCAAUCAGUGGCUGGAAACUCCUUACUCUGCGGUAGACUGUGGGCUUGUAUUCAGUGUGAGUGUCAAAGAAUGCAUACCCCAUUUAGCGCUGUGUUGAAUUCCACCGUAAGGUUUUGCUGUUGGUGUACAAAGCCCUGAACAACCUGGGACCGGGUUACUUGAGAACCUGCCUUGGACCUUACAGUCCUGCUCAGUUGCUCAGGCUCUCUUAAUCAUGCUAGAUGCCCCUGAAAUUCAUCCUGCUUGUGGGUUUCCCACGGGGAUCUGGUUAACCACUGUGAAAACAGGAUGCUGGACUAGAUGGACCUUUGGUCUCUGAGCUCAGCGACAAGACUCUUCUCGCAUUCAUCUUGCAGCCACUGAGAGUAGGGCCUCUAGUGCAGCAGCAUUUACUAGGUGGGAUACCCUGUUCCUUGCAACAGAUUGUUCACCAACGGCAUUCUGGUUUUGGUGGCCUUUUCUUGUACUCCGAGCCUUCAUAGAGCAGCUGUUUGCAUGCAUUUAUUGUCUUCUACUUGCCAUUGUGAAGUUUGAAAUCUUUGUAUGUUUGUUUGUUUGUUUUUGGUGUUGCUGGCACUUUUUGCCUUUUAUCCUCCUGUGUACUGCUUUUCAGUUUGGGGGAUGUUGUGAUUUAUAAAUAUUUUUUAAAAAAAAAAUAAAGAAAAUGUUGACUGAUUGAGACAGCGUUGCCUUACUAAAUCUUUUCUGUCUCCCUCCCCCCGCAGCGCUGAAGGCAGCCACGUUUCAGGACAGAGCAACGGGCGUGAUCCUCAGGCGCUAGCCAAGGCAGUGCAGAUCCAUCAUGACACCCAGCACACAAUGUAUUUUGCCUGAUAAGAAUCUGAGAGUCUGAGGCAGAAGCAGUAGCCCAGUUGGGCGGGCCACCAACCCCUGGUGGUUAGGGCUCAUUUUUAUUUCAGGCUGUCCACCACCAGCAGCUUGGGACAGUUGCACUGAAUUGACGCAGCAACAUCCGAUGCAGGCGCAAUUGAGCCAUUUUUAUUUUGUGAUUUUCAGUAAAUAGGAAUUUCAUAGACAGUCUUUGCAUUGGACUGAAUUUUUACCUCAAAGCGCAAAAGGCUGAUCCUCGUAAAAAGAAAUUUUUAAAGGACUUGGCACGAAAGGUUUUUAUUGAAAUAUUUUGCUAAUCAAUUUUAAGUUACCUCCUUGUCCCCCCGUCCCCCCCAUUAAGCUUAUCAAGAAGCUGAAUUCCUCCUGGGCUUCUUCAUACUGCUUAGUGAGUCUCCAGAUAUGGCAAAACAUCUUAUUCCACUGUUCUUCUGUGUGGGGCCAUAUAGACUUUAUAAAUGGAAUUUUUACUGUAAACACCUUUCAGCAACUAUUACUUUUCUGAGGUAUUGCUGUUUGUUUGUUUCUUUCGCUUUGUUGUUAAGUUUUACUAGUCUUUUUGUAAAUCUCUCUGCAGUCGUGGGCUGCAGAACAAUUGCACUAUAACUGCGAAUUCAACUUGGUGGUUCUUGUUCUGUGAAUGUGUAACAUAAGCGGAUAGCAAUGCCCUCUGGCAGGUCUAGUAAAAUCAUAAUGGUUACACACAACUGCCACUGUCUGGUUCAGAAUGCUGAACUGCUUCCCCCUCUAAAAAGUAUGUGACUAAGUUCUAAAAGAUUAGUUUUAGGUAUUUUUCAGACAUGACGAAAGUGCCCAUUUUAUGCUGCUGUGUUUGAUGAAUUGAGGUCAUUUUUAAUACUCUUUUUCAUAGAAGGUUUUAACUUUGGCAAUAAUUUUUUUUUAAUACCCUGGCAGUAACUUUUCUAGCUGAAUACUUUACAUGAGUUACAGCCAACAUUCUUGUGUAGAUUGACUUGACUUUGCUGAAGAGGAAAUUUGUUCUUAAAUGGAUCAGAAAAGGCUCCCUUCAUGCUUUUUACAAAUGAUUAUUUUUAACUGUUUUAUAUUCACCAUUGGUCUGUCUAGCCCCUUUUUAUAAGCUUGGAAAGUGGGUGUUCCAUAUAUAGGAAAGGCUUUGCCAAUAUGUACAGUUGUGUAUAGUGUGACAGUAGCAAUCGAAGACUUUUACCAGCAUUUUAAAACUUUUGUUUCUCUGAGAGUUUAGGUUGCCCGCAUGUACAGCAACAUUCGCUAGCAUGUGUGAAGUGUACAUUUCAAUGUUGAUCUUGACCCAUUUCUAUAAAUUAGAACUCUUAUUUGCUUGGUUCUCUUCCACUAAAAUGUGUAAUGCAAAAAGCGGGGGUGGGGUGGGGCACCUGCAGACCAUAGUAGUGCUGCCUUGAGACUAGCUUGUGAGUGUUAGCGCAAUAUGCUUUAAAUUCCUAGUUUUUAACUGAGAUGAUGCCACUGUGAAAGAUUGGGAUUUUGCCAAUAAUUGCACUCUAGUCUCUGAUGUGAGCAGGUGGUGUUGCAGAGUCAUGUGACCUUGUGAACGUUUGGAUCCAGACCUCAAGGUCAGCAAUAUGCUAUGUGGUUUAGAUUUUUCCUUCAGUCUUUUGAAAUAGAGCUUGUAGAUACUUGGAAAGUUUACAUUUCUAAAUACUGUCAGUCAGCUGUAUCAAAAUACACUUGACAUUAGUCUUCUGAAAGCAGUUUUUGUAAGCUCCUCUUAGAAAUCUCUCUCUUUCUCCUUCCCCCUCUCCCCCCCCCCCUUGUGGGUUCUAGCUUAUAAAAUUUUAUUCCCCCCCCCCCCAAACAGGAGCGAAGCAAACUCUGCUCUGACGCAUAGUGUGGCCAGGCUUAGAUACUAGAUUUAUUUAAACGUAUUUAAGUCUUUCGUUUUCUUUUCCCCUUAAGAAUACCUCACUUGUGUAAUAAAUAUCAGGACAUGUGGGGAGGAAGAGUGCUGCUUCAGUUGGUCUGCUGCUUUUCUUUUCUUUUUUUAAAAUACCUGUUCAGGGAGAAAAUGCAAGAAUCGAACUCCUGCUGGCCAACAAAUGGAGAACUAAGGCACCUUGAAGCGAGUAAGCACCUGUGUUAGUGUGUAGCAUGGUUUCGGUUUUUUUGCACUAGGUAAGGACGUGAAUUCGGAUAGAGGGAGAGAGUACGUCAAGAAGAAAAACGUAUAUUGUAACAUCAUCAGGCAGGUAGCUUUUCCUAGCGCCAAGCACACCUAGUGCAUGUGGAGCAGAGAGAUUCUCUGUCUGCAGGUAAGUCUGACUCUCUUGGACAUCAGAGUCAAGCAACAUGUUAAGUAUACUUAAAAAGCAAAAACAAAAACCAACUCUUUCCUUAUAAACAACAGUUUGAGUUUCUGGAUUAGGACUGGCGUGGUGGGGUUACUGUGCAGAGUGAUAGAAAAAGGCACCAUAUUUAAUAAGCACUGAUUUCUAGCUGCUGAUGAAGAAUCAGUAACACAUUUUAUAUAUGACACCAGGUCAGGAAAAGGUAGGCAUGGUUUGCCCAAACCAGCCCGGAAAGCAUAAUUGGGCCUGUGGGCCAAAAGUUCCCUACUUCCUCAUGCCAUUGUCACCAAAGGCAAAUCUGGAUCCCACCCUUCUGACACACCCACCCCUUCUUUGGCUGCAUUUGCUAAAGAAAGAAAGUGACCAGUUGAAAGCAUGCUUUUUUAUUACUAAAUGGGUGCUCAACAUAACUUGCAGUUUUGUCCAGAACUGCGUAGGCAGGAAUCUGAACUUGCCCUGGAAAGGGCUUUUCUGACUCACUCGCUCAUCAUAAAAUAGGCAGGACUAGAUGAAAUUAUCUUUUUUGUCUUCUAUCAAAGGAAAGCAAAACCCUGUUCUAAUCAUUAUAUCUUUCUUAUGUAUUACAGACCGCAGCUAUCUUUUGAAGUCUUCUGUAUUUAAAAAUUAUAUAUAUAUAUAUAUAUAUAAGCGGGAUUCUUUUUAAUGCAUUAAUGUCACAAAAAAUUAUCAUCCAAAAAUGUCUGAGCUUUUUUUUGCCAACUUUUGCACUUUCUUGGAAUUUUUCAUGAAUUUUCCUUUAAUUUUUGCCCCUGUUGGAAUUUUUUUCUGUGCAAGAAAAUGUUCAGUUAACUCUCUGUUGCUGAAGAGUGUGAUGAUGUCUUUUGGGGUGGGAGUGCUUAAAAGCUGAGGAUUUAUCCAAGGGGCUGUACGGGUGGCAACAGUAGCAAAAAAGAUCUUCGGAACUAAUGACUGCAAGAUCCAGAUGCAGCAACGCUGUUGUGUGGCAGAAUCUCUUGACUCUGCUCAUCUGAACUAACCUCACCCCCACCCUGAAAACGGGAUGAACUGAAUUGUUAUGCAUGUGUCAAUCAAUGGGAAGACGUGCAUUCUGUAGCUGUAGGUUGUUAUGGUGUUUGGUUUUUUUAUGCUUUAUCCUUUUGUUUAAAGCCUGUUGGCUAUUGUUUAGCUAUAUGUUGUGAAAGAUUCUCAAAUGUAGCAAAUUUGGACUGGGGUGGGGGGAAGGGGAAAUUUUUUAGGAGCAAAAGGUGUUUAUAGAGCCAACCAAAACACCAUGCUCUUUUUGCUUUCCCCCUAUCCUGUUCUGCUUGUUGUGAGCACUUAAAUUUGAAAAGAGGCUCUGAAAAUCUUUUGUUCUGUAGCGGAUUUGAGGUGCAGGCUGGGGUUGCUUGCUCUUUGCUUGAGGGCUGUUUAAAGAUGACACCCAAAGAGGCAUAAUCAAGGGAUGCAAAAGAGAUGUUCCAUGCAGUAUGUAUCAGUAUCAUUUAGAAGUCCCCCCCCCCCGCCCUCACCCCAUUCUGCCCCACAUGACCCUUAUAUCAAAAGCCUUUAUCCACCUGUUGGGGACAAGGCCAUUCUGACAGGUUAGCAAACCUCCAACCCCAACCUCCCGCCCCCCACUCCCAAAAAACUACCCUUGUGGAUGUGUUGUAGAUCUUUUUACCCCCUUCUUGCUCAAUAGCAAGGCAGUCGCUCUGCUUUCAUUUUAGGAAAGUAGAGCUUGGAGGGCAUUGUAUCAAUACUGUUUGAACUGCAAGGUUUUUUCCCUUGUGCAAUUUGAGGAAAGAUCAUAUGUGAAUAUCACUUAAGAGUUUCUUUAUACCUUGCUAUUGACACAUUUUGGUGAUAUUUCUGUCUAGAGCCUGAAACAUGUAUGUAAAACUUGUUUGCAUUUGUUCAUUUUUGACUUCUGAUGUAUUUUUUUGUUUUGUUUCUAUAUUGUUAGACUUGUAAUGUUUUAAAUUGUAUUUUAUUAAAAUUGGACUGGAUGUAUGUCUAUAGCAAUACGAGGUACUUUUUUCUUUUAAAAAAACAAACACAACCCCUGUUGGUGGGGAAGGUAGGCUAAUAGCCUUCCUAUUGCGAUAAUAUGCUGGCUGUGUAUAACUGCAAUGUAUUUUUUUCUCUCUCUUUUUUUUUUAGCCUGCAGGGAUUUUGUGUUCAUGUGUCCAAAAAAAUAAAUAAAGGCAUUUGGGUGCCAAAUGUUCUUUUC